GUUUCUGCACCAGCUGUGGAGCAGACACUGAAAGAACUCCAGAGAGAGAAGUGGGAAAACCUCAGACGGUUUCAGGAAAAGGUGCGAUGGAGAUUGAACCAGCAGGCCUAUAGCAAAAAGCACCACCAGCUCCAAAAAUCAUUUGAAGCGGUUGAAAAGGAAGGGCGAGUCAUGAAGCAGGCUUCUGAGGCUGCACAGCAUCUCACUCCCAAGAGGAACACUUGUGUGUUUCGUAGUUUCGAAGAGCUUGCCAUUAGGAGCCCAGGAUCCCGCUUGGUUUCUGCCCAGGGCGUCUGGCACAAUGAAAAGGAGGAUGAAGAUGAAAUAAAAUCGGAGGUAUUCCAGCAACAAGCUAAGAAGCUCAGCAAAGUCAGGAGGAAGGCACGUCACAAGCUGUCUUUGUGCCAGAUCAUUCCUGAAGGAGAACCUGCCUCUGAACUCCCAGGGGGCAUCUGGAGAAUUUCUCCAACUCGAGAUAAUCCAGUGUCUCGCAGGCAGAUUAUGAGUCGGGAGGAAAAGGCGGACAUGGCAGAAGUUCCUUUAACUGAUCAACAUGACCUCCCAGCUGACCUCCUACAGGUAACAGAGGAUUCAUGUGAAAAAGCGGUCUCUUUUGCAAACUUUCAGGAAGAAAGAAAGGUCUGUGACAGACUGCUCAGAGAGCCCUACCCCGCCGGCUCCUGUCCAGGAUUCACUACCAGUUACAGGCCGGCACUGGUGCUUCGACCUGGGAUAGACCAUGAGGAAAACAAAAAACAGCGCCAGAACCAGUACUUGAUGUACCGGCGACUUUUCAUGGACAUGGAGCGACAGCAAGUUAAGGAACAGCAGAGACAGAAAGAGCACCGCAGGAGAAUUGCAAAAAUUAAGGAAGAAAAAGAGCUUGAACGGCAAGAGGAGGAAGAGAGGAUGCACAGAGAAAUGCUAUUGAAAGAAACAGACCCUGCUUCUAGAGAAGAUGAGAUUGAGGCAAGACUAAGAGAAGAAGAGGAAAUGGAAAGCAAAGCAAAGGCUCGUAAACAUAAAGAAGGCAUCAGGUUCAUAGAGGCACUAAGAGCCCAAAUGAAAGAGCGAGUAAAAUUUCAGAAUAUGGACCUGCCUCUGCUGUGCUACUGUGGGACUGAUUUCUGGGACACUCAUCCUGACAAGUGUGCCAACAACUGCAUCUUCUAUAGGAACCCCAAAGGUGCAUAUGCUCGAGCACUGCAGUCUGUGCUGUCAUCUUGUGACUUGGGAGAUGGGACCACUAAUGCUCCAUUCUCCACGAGAAGAAUUACUUCCACACAUACAGCCUCACCAAGGAAGUAGCUCAGAAGAGACAAGAAAUGGAAAACAAAAAUGACUAUUAAAUAUCAUUUGACUACAAGAAGUAAUCAUGAAUGAUCAGCAAACUGGGAAUCUUCAGAGUUUGAUCAUUGUGUUCUCUGCUCCAGUUUUGCCAUUUCAUAUAUGUGAUUUUAAUUGAUCUUCUGCUUUAAAAGAAUUGCCUGAAGCUUUCAGAUUUCAUUGUAACAUGUGUUCCUGUAUUCCUAGUUGUGAUGGAGUGUAUUUUGCAUAUUCAGUAAGGGCUUCCAUUAAACUACUGCUGUCUCUAAGCAAAUCGCCAAGAAUUUCAUAUAACAGCAGCAUUCUGUUCUUUUAUUUUUAUGAAGUCUGAUGGAAAGUUCCAGCUUCAAAAUAUUUUCAGAUCACAGUUUCUGUCCUCAGCAGUUCACUAAACAUGCUGUCUUGUAGUGACAAUUUAUUUCAAGUGGAAUUAUUUUAUUACUUCUUUACAAGUGAUUUCCUAGCUUUUUCAGCAGUAUUGUACAAAUUAUGACAGAAGGACUAUUGUAUGCAGAACUUUUGAAAGUUUAAGAAUUCCUAAACUUUGGGGGAGGUGUUGAGUUCACUAGUAAUAAGACUUACUCCCCCAGUCUGUUGUGAACUGAUUCAGUGUUACUGCUUGCAGCAGACCUGUAGUAUAAGAUUGAAAAAAUCUGAACAGUUUAUAAACUGAAGUGUUUUGCACAGAACAAAUAUUAAUUUUUAAUAUUUGUAAAAAUGUUGUAUUUCAAUACAAAAAGCAAGAAGUUUUUGGAGUGUAUAAUAUCUUAUUUAACUAAUAAAUUGUUAACAUGUUUAAA